UUGAACACGGUGAAGUUAAACGCUCCGACAUCCUGCUGAAGACUCUCCUGCUUUUGGCCAAAAAUAGAAAGAAAAAAAAAAAACUCGACCACAAUUACUUUUCUACGACACUCUAUCAAAUGUGUGUAAAUGACUUAAGUCGACAGGUCUGUGUUGUGAUCACAGCAUUAAAUGUUGUCUGUGCUGAUGGUCGCUGCCGCUGCAACACUAAUGUGGUUUCUUAACACACGCCCGCAUUUCGGAGAAGCUGCCCGUCAAUUGACAUUAGUUUAGACCGCAGGUCGUCAUGAUGACUCGGAUUUUCUGGGAUACAAUUUUUCUCAUAAGCGGUACUUUUAGUAUGUCUGUGGUACUCAAUGGUUCCCUCUUUACUUUUGGAGCAGGACCGAGCAAUUCGACAAUUAUUGAAGCCAGCAUUUCCAUCGAUACGCACUCCACGGGUGCACCAAGCUCAAGCAGCUCUGGAACAACCAGCAGCAGAAGCGCGACUACCACAACUAUUGCACCCACUACAAAAACCAACAUCCCUCCAGUUAAAAGUUCCCUUUUUAUAUUUGGAGCAGGACCGAGCAACCCGACAAUUACUGAAGCCAGCAUUUCCAUUGAUGUAAACUCCACUGGUGCUCAGAACAUUUCAUCAAGCAGCUCUGCAACAACCAGCAGCAGAGGCCCAACUACCACAACUACCACUACAACGACUAACAUCCGUCCAGUUAAAAAGUUUGUGGCAGCGGCUGUUCGCUCUCAUUUUGAUGACUGUCCAGACUCCCACCGCCAUUUCUGCUUCCACGGCACAUGCCGCUUCCUGAUAUUGGAGGAGACGCCUGCAUGUGUGUGUCAUCCAGGCUUUGUUGGGAUGAGGUGUGAGCAUGCAGACCUGCUUGCUGUAGUAGCAACUAAUCACAGACAACAGACAGUUGCCACAAUGCUGGUGUUGUGUGUGAUUGGGUGUGUUCUAAGCAUGGUGCUGUGUACACUUUUACAUUGCUGGUGGAGGCAGGACUGUCACAGGCGGAGCCACGCACGUCACUACGUCACAGAGAAGAACGGAGCAUCCUGCCAUCUUUCUGAGAGUGUGGUUUGAGAAGACAUCUUGCUGGAACAUGAGCUGUUUGCAUCGUGGCGUGUUUAGUUUUACUCAUCCGCCCGGCCCACAAAUCGUGAGGAUUGCAUCCAAAGAGGUAUACACAUGUUCAGAUCAAGCAGACGUGGCAAGUGGCUAAGAACUAUUAUCGUCAAUGUGGCUAAGGUAGGCCUGCUGGUUGACUGUUCCAUGACAUUUUUUUUUUUUUUUCCACCAACUGGGACUGUGGACCUAAAGCACCGUAGGGACAUGUUUACUUCACUCUUUGAUUCUGUGGAAACACUGCAACAGCUUGUUUGAAGCUCUGAGGAUGAAGCUGCCUCCAAAUCCUCCAUGGGAAGAGCUCUGCGUGUCCUGAUUAUUGUUUAUGACUGGCCUAGAAGACGCGAGCAAUGAUAUCUGAAGCCAUUAAUCAUCCUGCGUGGAUGUCGAAAAAGGAAAGGUGCUUAUUUUGGUCUGCGGGACAAUAAUAGUUCAUUUAAGUCAGAAGACCCCAAUUCCUAUUUUGUCUUUUAAUAACUUUGAGCACUUUUCAUCAGAACUCUACAAGCACACAGGACAUUUCUAAGAAAUGAUGGUGGGGGAAAACUGAUGCUUUAGUGUCUGUUUUUAAAGAAGGAACUCACUUCACACGACAGGAGAAGGAAUUGCUACAUGGACUGACUGCUAAUGGAUUAAAAUCCAUGGACACGCAAAACUUAAAAUUGUUCCAAUAUGGUUUUGAGGAUUUGAUGACUCCAGCGUUGCUACUGAAGCUGAAAUAUUUCUCAGUUUAAUUUUUUAUUCCUGAGCUGUAUUUGAACGUGUUCAUGCAUCAGAGGCGUUUUGAUUCGCAAGCUAUAACUGUAUCGACACAUGCACAUCCUGGGUGUCGCAUUACUCCACAGUCACAUUAUUUCACAGUCCUAUUGUAUUGUUUCACUUUUCUGCAAGCUUUGCUCACUGUUCAUAAACAAAACUGCACUUAUUGUAUAAUGUAGUCACUUGAAAAGUGUCCACAUAAUGAGAGAUGCCAAAUACACUUUCUAACUUUGCCUGAAGGAGCACUGAGGGGAGGAGGCACGCAGUUUGUACAUCUAAGCAUGCAUGCUCUAAAAUCACAGUUUAUAUUUUUAAAGAACACGAAACACUUUUAAUUUCAAGAGUGGUGAGUGGUUAUAGCAUUGUGUCAGCUUUGAAUUUAAAUACUUUUUAAAGAGAGAAAGCGCCUCUGAGGGUUCAUCUAAAACAUAUUAGAUAAUAAUUAAUCAUCUUAAUAAUAAUCGGUGAGGGAAUACAAAAUGGUGAAUGCAAAUUGACUGGGAUAUAAAGUGUGUAUGCGCUUUUUGAGAUAAGACGGAACAAAAAGAAACAUGUAAAAUGAAUGUGAAGGUAUUUAUAUGCCAAAAAGACUCUGAGGGGGUUGUACACUUGUCUUUGUUUACAGAAUGUGAGGAUAUUUACAUUCAGGAUAUGUUA